GGCGGCGCGCGCACCCCGUGACCGGUGGCCACGUGACGCUCGCGGGCCGGGCCGCUAGUGCUGUAGCUGCUGCAGCCGCGGGAAGCCUGCGAGUCUAGCGAUGAAGCUCAUUAUCCUGGAACACUAUUCCCAGGCCAGUGAGUGGGCGGCCAAGUAUAUUAGGAACCGUAUCAUCCAGUUUAACCCAGGGCCUGACAAGUACUUCACCCUGGGGCUCCCCACUGGGAGCACCCCGCUUGGCUGCUACCAGAAGCUGAUCGAGUACUAUAAGAAUGGGGACCUGUCCUUUCAAUAUGUGAAAACCUUCAACAUGGACGAGUAUGUGGCUCCACGCCAUUCCUCUCUGCAAAUUCGAUCCUGGGAUCCAGGUUCUACGUCUGGACUGUGUCGUCGCUCUGCCAGGCACCCUUGGUGGAAGCUGGGACUUGUGCCCUUGGUUAUCUCCUCUGUCACCCAAUCAUUUUGUGACGGUUUCAUUUUAAUUAUUAAAAAAAAAAAAUAGAAACCUGGUAAAAUACAUAAACAUUUACCAUCUUCAAAACUGGGUAUUUUGAAAUAGCCAAACCACUGGGGUCCGGGGAAAAGGUUGAUAAGGCAGGGGAGAUUCUGUUAGUCCAAGGAAUGGGGGGCACCUGGGAAACACAGGCAUUUUUGUCUAAAAAGCUUAAAAAUCAAGGCUGGAGAGAUGGUCCAGUGGUGAGGAACACACACUGGCUUUAAGUCCAGCACUACAAAGACAGAAGUUGGAAGGUGUUUUCAAGGUCUCAGUGACACCAAGCCAGCCUGUAGCAAGUUCCGGGAUAGCCAGGACUCCAUAGAGACCCUGUCUCAACCCCAUUCCCUCCCAGAAAAAGAACACACACUGUUCUUGCAUAGAACACAACCUCACUUCCCAGCACCCACCUCAGGCGGCCACCUCUUAACUCUCGCUCCAGAGAUCCAGCACCCUCUUGUGACCUCCAAGGGCACUCCACUCCCAGCCCAACUACAACAGACAUCUUUUUCUUGAGCACUUUUUAUCGAACAGUUCAAGUGUCUUCACGGCACCCUGAGACUCCUGUCCAGAACUAUCAACCACCCUCAGCCUGCCAGGCUGUGGCUUCCUGUCAGACAGCUCCCUGGUUCCCCCUCUUUCAAAGUGCUGGAAACCACUGUUUGACCCUGGUCCCCAGAAUCUCACCUUUCCAGGGUCUUCAUACGAGUCAGGUCAUUAAUGUGUUCGUUUGGCUCUUUGUUACUUGUAAUUGGAUGUUGGGUAGCAUGUUGUCAGGGCUCAUCCCUGUGUGGCAUGCAGCAGAAUGCUUUUCUUUCUCUUUCUGGUUUUCUGAGGUGGGCGCUUUCUGUGUAGCUGAGGUUGGGCUGGAACUUGUGACCCUCCCACUUCACCUCUCAGGUCCUGCCUGGGAUUGCAAGUGUGUACUUCUGUACACAGCAGUUUCUUUCAGUUUAAAGACUAAUGUAUUUUAAAAAGUAAAUUGUGUGUGUGUGUGUGUGUGUGUGUGUGUGUGUGUGUGUGUGUAUACCAGAGGAUUGCUUGCUGGAGUCUGUCCUACCAUAUAGAUCGUAGAGAUCAGGCCAUCAGGCUGGUGGUAAGUGCCUUUAACCACUGAGCCAUCUUGCCAUACCUGCUUUUAAAUAUGUUUUGAGACAAAUUUUCCUUUCCUUUGAGCAUAGCUAAAGAUUGACCUACAUGUCAGGGCAGUCUCCCAAGUGACCCUAAAGCCAGUUUGAUCUCCUGGCAUUCUCCUUGGGAGGAGGGCUCUGAAUCAGUCUCAGCUGAGUGAGUGUCUCCUGACCCCACAGGUCUUCCUCGAGACCACCCAGAGAGUUACCACUCCUUCAUGUGGAAUAAUUUCUUCAAGCACAUUGACAUCCACCCUGAAAACACCCACAUUUUGGAUGGAAAUGCGGCUGACCUGCAGGCCGAGUGUGACGCCUUUGAGGAGAAGAUCCAGGCUGCCGGAGGGAUCGAACUCUUUGUCGGAGGCAUUGGCCCCGAUGGACACAUUGCCUUCAAUGAGCCAGGCUCCAGCCUGGUGUCCAGGACCCGUGUGAAGACUCUGGCUAUGGACACCAUCCUGGCCAACGCUAGGUUCUUUGAUGGUGAUCUUGCCAAGGUGCCCACCAUGGCCCUGACAGUGGGGGUCGGCACUGUCAUGGAUGCUAAAGAGGUGAUGAUCCUCAUCACAGGCGCUCACAAGGCCUUUGCUCUGUACAAAGCCAUCGAGGAGGGCGUGAACCACAUGUGGACGGUGUCCGCCUUUCAGCAGCACCCCCGCACUGUGUUUGUGUGUGACGAGGACGCCACCUUGGAACUAAAAGUGAAGACAGUCAAAUAUUUCAAAGGUUUAAUGCUUGUUCAUAACAAGCUGGUGGACCCCCUGUACAGUAUCAAGGAGAAGGAAAUUCAGAAAAGCCAAUCUGCGAAGAAGCCAUACAGUGACUAGCCUGUGCCAGGACGUGGUAUUCAGUACCUCAGAGGGAUAGGCAGGUCUUUCCAGAAAGUCUCUGUAGGAGAGAGAGUAGAAUUACUUUUCAGUCCACUCUGGCUGCUGCAGAUCUGUGGCUUGGUAGAUACAUGUUAAGGAGUUUGGCUAUGGAGAACAUUGUUGAUUAUAAUUUUCCCCUUUUUUUUUCAGUACUGGGGGCUGAACCUGGGGCCUUGUACAUGCCAAGGAGGUGCCUUGCUAACUGAGCUAUGUCCCCAACUUUCUGCCCCUUUUCAUAAUGGUUUUGUAACCAUCCGAAGUCUCCAUCACUGACUGUAAUUAUAUUCUUCUGCCCCUGUGCACAUGGGCAGCACACGCCUGUCGAGAACUCCUGUCUGUAUGUGUGCUUUUUCUAGAGUUGGCAGGGAUUAGGGCUUGUGCACUUUGGACAUAACCUUUCUGGAGACUUGAGAGCCCCUCUUCUGCCAGCCUUCCCACUGAGAAUUUUCAUUUUAAAGAAUACACUUCCAGAACUUGAAUUAUGCACAAGGAAGCAGCCCUUCCUGCCAGAACCAAGAACCUGGGGGAGAAGCCUGUCCCUUGUUCCCAUUGUGUGGAUUGUCUUUCCUGUUGUCAGUAGCUAGCCUUUCUGUAAACAGGCCUUCUGGGCAUGUGGGGCUAAGAUGGCUUUCACAGGUAAACUCAAAGCUUCCAAAGGCCAGCCUUGUCUUGUUCUCUCUCAAGAUUCCAACAAGAGAAAAGUGGAAAGGCCUCCUGUCUGAGCUCUGUUUUCCUCAACAGAUUCUUACACACUCCCUAGUAAGGAGAUCCGCGUGGGUCACAGACACGCUAUGAUUUCAGUGUUUUUACCCAAGGUGGGGAGCUGACAUCUGCACAUGCGCUGUGCUCUGUGGCCUCCUCAGAGCUGAGUGCCAAGAUUAUACAUGCUACUGCUCUCUCCUCGCUUAACUCACCCCAGCACUCCCACCUUCGGGUUUAUAUCCUCUGUCCUCAGCAUCAGAACUAAACCCUUCACCCCCCUGUCCUUCAGGCUCCCUUCCCAGGCUCCUCUGCUUGGCCUUGCUUUAUCUUCUCUGCCUCUGUGGAGUAGUCAGCUGCCUCCUUCUCCGUCCUUGUGCCUGUCUGAAGCUAGAGCUGCCUAUUUCCAGGAGAGGUCUUUCAGAACAUUGCCCAGGCCCCUCCAGAAGUACUGUGUUUGGUACCAGCAUUUGUUUGUAGUUUUUAUAUGUGAUUGUGCUAUUGUUCUGUGUUAAGCUAAUGGAUCAAUGGACUUGUUUACAAUGUGAUAUUUUCUAUUAAAUUUAAUAUUUUCAAAUAAAAUGUGUCUUUUGUGAA